AAUCCCUUCUAAUCUUGCCCGCGUGCCUUAUCCCGCGUGGCUUCCGCAAUCCCAACGGUUCGUUUCGAUGACGUCGCCGCAGUCACUCCUCCAACGCCUCCGCCCGCCGCCGUGCAACCGCAGCGGAUCCCUCUACCUCCACCUCUCCAAGCAGAGCCCGCACUCAUUCCCCUCGCCAAGAACCGGUCGUCGUUCCCUGGCGGCGGCAGUGGUGGAUCAGCUCGUGCCGCGGUCGCCGAGGACUGGCCAGCGGACGGGGAGGACGGGCAGCUUCGCCUGCCGCUGCUCCUACGAAAACGAGAACGGACCGCCCUCGCCUCCACCCAACAAGGAGAAAAGGUUGGAUGAGUGGCCUUUCCUUCGCCGGUGGGAUGUGCCGUGGGAGUGGCCAACCAUUUCCCUCACCAUGGUGGCCUGUGCAGUAAGCUUUCUCCUGACAGGAAUGGUUGAGCAAUCUGUAUUGGAGCAACUAGGUUUUCAAGCUGGGGAGGCAACUCUAAAUGAGAAGGCAGAAGUACUCUUUUUGGGACAAUUUAGCACGACAGCGGUUGUGCUUGGAGUUAUAUUUGGCAUCACCAAUACCUUUCGACCAUUCUCAGAUGAUAUAUUACUUUAUGAUUUUGGGGAACCACUUAACUUGCAAAAUGGGUGGCUUCUGUGGGCUGGAAUCGGCCUCUUUGUUGCAGUGAUUGCUAUUGCUUUUGCUGGAGCGGCAGUGACAUUUCUGAAUGGUGAAACUCCACAGAGAGAGACUGACUCACUAGUCCUUUUAUUACCACUGAUUGGUUCAUCAAGUAUCAGCACUGCUUGUUUGCUGGGCAUCACUGGGGUUCUGGCACCAAUUCUGGAGGAGACCGUGUUUCGAGGAUUUCUAAUGGUGUCCUUGACUAUGUGGUUUUCUACUCCAUAUUCUGUGCUUAUUACUGCUGCAGUGUUUGCCUUCGCUCAUCUGACACCUGGAGAAUUUCCACAGCUUUUUGUGCUUGGUGUUGUGUUAGGAUUUUCAUAUGCUCGAACUCGCAAUCUUCUCACUCCUAUUACAAUACAUGCUGUCUGGAAUUCCGGAGUAAUAUUGUUGCUAACCUUUUUUCAGCUGCAAGGAUAUGAUAUCAAGGAGCUGUUGCAGGCAUCAUGAAGGACGUAUGGAGGAUCUCAUAGGAACAGAAUCCUGUGGGUGGGAGGGAGGGGGGAUCCCAUGUAUCCCUUUAGAACAAUGAAAUGGACUCCUACUAUUCCUACAAAUUUUCCAUGUAUUUUCUUACCAGAUACUGCUCUCCUAGGAUUCAUAUGGAUGUACUCAGGAAGAUACAAUCAUAUCAUGUUCCCUUCAUUCGAAGUUUUGUGUGAUCUUCAAUUUGACCAAGCAUGACUCAAUCCCAAAUG